AAACCAGUCUCUUACAACGAUGUUUGAGAGGACAAGGUGGAUUGCAUAUAGAAUACAUUAUUAUUGAUGAAGUUGGAGUCGCACCCACACGCUUACGAGACAAGGAAUCUUCGUUAAGCAUGUGGAUUUCUAUUUCUCCCUAGAGAUUUAGCUUGUAAAUUCGAUGUUCUUGGUGUUGAUUUGAAUCUGAAGUGCUCAUAAUGGGGAAUUUACUGAAUCCAAACAGUUCCAAGACUAGAUUGAGUGAACCCUGUGAAGUUUUGCCGGGUGAAGCUUGUAAGAGACUGAGAACCUCCUGUGAGGAUAACUCGAGACUGAUUCCCUCCCUUCCUGAUGAGAUAUCAAUUCAGAUUCUAGCUAGAGUUCCUCGCGUUUAUUAUUUAAAUCUCAAGUCAGUUUCUCGUGCUUGGAAGACAGCCCUUGUGAGUUCUGAACUAUUUUGUUUGAGAAAGGAACUUGGAACUGCGGAGGAGUGGCUCUACAUAUUAACAAAGGUCAAUGAUGAUAAGCUUUUAUGGUAUGCCUUGGACCCUCUUUCCAAAAGGUGGCAAAGGUUACCGCCAAUGCCAAAUGUUUCAUUUGAAGAUGAAUCAAAGAAAGGUUUGGCUGCCUUUCCUCUUCGGAUGUGGAGCAAGUUGGGUUCUAGUAUCAGAAUUGCUGAUGUCAUAAUGAGCUGGCUUGGGAAGAGAGAUGCCCUGGAUCGAAUGCCAUUUUGUGGCUGCUCCAUCGGAGCUGUUAAUGGUUGCAUCUAUGCUUUAGGAGGAUUUUCUGGAGCUUCAACUAUGAAAUCUGUUUGGCAGUAUGAUCCUGUUGAAAACUCUUGGAUUGAGGCUAGUCCAAUGCUGGUGGGUAGAGCCUAUUGCAAGACAGGCAUAUUAAAUGAUAAGCUUUAUGUUGUUGGGGGAGUUACAAGGGGUCGUGGUGGACUAAAUCCCCUUCAAUCUGCGGAAGUAUAUGAUCCACAUACAAGCACGUGGUCACAAUUACCAAACAUGCCUUUUGCAAAAGCUCAGGUGCUACCAACUGCUUUUCUGGCUGACUUGCUCAAGCCUAUUGCCACGGGAAUAACUUCAUACAGGGGAAGGUUAUUUGUUCCUCAGAGUCUGUAUUGUUGGCCAUUUUUUGUUGAUGUUGGGGGAGAAGUUUAUGAUCCAGAUACAAAUUCUUGGCUUGAAAUGCCAAUUGGCAUGGGUGAAGGUUGGCCAGCAAGGCAAGCUGGAACAAAAUUAAGUGUUACUGUCAACAAUGAUCUAUAUGCACUUGAUCCUUCAAGUUCUCUUGACUCUGCAAAGAUCAAGGUAUAUGAUUACGAAGGUGAUACUUGGAAAGUAGUUGCAGGAGAUGUUCCUAUUCAUAAUUUCACUGAUUCAGAAUCUCCUUAUCUUCUAGCUAGUUUACAUGGAAAACUUCAUGUGAUUACUAAAGAUGCCAAUCACAACAUCACAGUGUUGCAGGUUAGCAUGCAAAAUGAUUUAGCUUCUUCGCAGCCAUUGUUAUCACCAGAUAACUCAUUUGGUGAACUGUCCGAAUCAUCCGCAGAAUCAGAGAGAGAAAUUUGGAGUGUUUUUGCUUCUAGAAGUGGUAGAUCUGCUGAGCUAGUUAGCUGUCGAUCCCUUAAAGUUUGAUUAUUUGGAGCUAAGAGUCCUCUUACGGUUUGGGUUUGGGUUUCGGAUCAUGUCUGUAUUGGCCGGUUUGAUUGCAGACAAGCAACAAUGUUAAUCAUGACUUCAAAAUUGUAAAUGGUCCAUUCUUCAACUGCGUGAUUGAUCCAUAAGAUGUGAUUAUUGGUCGGUUUGAUUGCAAACAAGCAACAAUGUUAAUCAUGACUUCAAAAUUGUAAAUGGUCCAUUCUUCAACUGCGUGAUUGAUCCAUAAGAUGUGAUUCCUUAUUACCCUCAUGUACAAAUUAAAAUUAUACAAAAAUAUUAAAACAUGGUACAUCAGUACAUCUAAUCUGAAGAGUUUGCGAAACCUUUAUUUACAUUAUGUCCUCAUACAGUUUCAUUUGGUCUUGUAUCAAUGUGACAAGUUCUAUCUUCAAUGGAAGGAUGUUCUAUUUCUUCUG